CACCUCCCAUCAUCCUCCUCGCCGUUUCCUGUUUUAAAGCGUCAGGAGUCAGCUGAGCGACUGUAAACAAACGGGGCUCUUCCUAAACGGCGGCUGCGACUACACCCGAGCCCCGACUACAUCACACCCGGCCUCCUAUAUUAUCUAUUACUGCACACAGAGCGUCAGCAACAUGGAGGACAACAAGGUGACUGGAGGGAAAGUGAAGAAACCGGGAAAGAGAGGACGGAAACCGGCCAAGAUCGACCUGAAGGCCAAACUGGAGCGGAGCCGGCAGAGCGCGCGGGAGUGCAGGGCGCGUAAGAAGCUGCGCUACCAAUACCUGGAGGAGCUGGUGUCCAGCCGGGAGCGCGCAAUCUGUGCCCUGCGCGAGGAGCUGGAGAUGUACAAGCAGUGGUGUAAAGCGAUGGAUCAAGGUAAAAUCCCGUCAGAAAUCCGAGCGCUUCUCACCGGAGAGGAACUCGCCAAAUCCUUCCCCAACUCCAGCAAACAGCAGAGACCGGGAAAGAUGGACCCUCCCGAGAAAUGAGCGGG